GCCCGUGAGAGGAGCCGCCGCCGCCGCCGCCGUCCAUUCGCUGCGGAGCCGGAGGAGGAGGGGAGAGGCCUGGAGGACACCAACAUGAACAAGUUGAAAUCAUCACAGAAGGAUAAAGUUCGUCAGUUUAUGAUCUUCACACAAUCUAGUGAAAAAACAGCAGUAAGUUGUCUGUCUCAAAAUGACUGGAAGUUAGAUGUUGCAACAGACAAUUUUUUUCAAAAUCCUGAACUUUAUAUACGAGAGAGUGUAAAAGGAUCACUGGACAGGAAGAAGUUAGAACAACUCUACAAUAGAUACAAAGAUCCUCAAGAUGAAAAUAAAAUUGGAAUAGAUGGUAUACAGCAAUUCUGUGAUGACCUGGCACUCGACCCAGCCAGCAUCAGUGUGUUGAUCAUCGCUUGGAAGUUCAGAGCAGCAACACAGUGUGAGUUCUCCAGACAGGAGUUUAUGGACGGCAUGACUGAAUUAGGGUGUGACAGCAUAGAAAAACUAAAAUCCCAGAUACCCAAGAUGGAACAAGAAUUGAAAGAACCAGGACGAUUUAAAGACUUUUACCAGUUUACCUUUAAUUUUGCAAAGAACCCAGGACAAAAAGGAUUAGAUCUAGAAAUGGCCAUUGCCUACUGGAAUUUAGUGCUUAAUGGAAGAUUUAAAUUCUUAGACUUAUGGAAUAAAUUUUUGUUGGAGCAUCAUAAACGUUCAAUACCAAAAGAUACUUGGAAUCUUCUUUUAGACUUCAGUACAAUGAUUGCAGAUGACAUGUCUAACUAUGAUGAAGAAGGAGCAUGGCCUGUACUUAUUGAUGACUUUGUGGAAUUUGCACGUCCUCAAAUUGCUGGGACAAAAAGUACAACAGUGUAGCACUAAAGGAACCUUCUAGUAUGUACAUAGUCUGUACAAUAAAUUCAACGGAAAAUUGCACAGUCAAUUUCUGCUGGCUGGACUGAACUGAAGAUCAAUCCUCACAAUUCAGACUGAGGGUUGAGACAAAACUUUAAGGAUACAUCUUGGACCAUAUCGUAUUUCAUUCUUCUAAUGGUGGUUUGGGCUUGUCUUCUAGUCUGGGCCGCUCUUAACAUUUAUAAUUCCAACAUUUGUGGAUUUCAUCUUAUUAUCUGUGGACCAUCAUAGUUUAUUCUCCCAUAAGUCUUAGAAGCUUUAUGGUGAUUAUUUUGAGAUUUCCAUCCUUGCAUAAAGCACAAUGCUGUCUUCAUCAGAAAACCGUUUGGCAUAAGAAUUAAACAUGAACAUCACAAUUAUAAAAACUUCUUAAAGAUAUGCUUUGGGCUAGUUGCAAAGACUAUGCUGAUAGCACUUCCAUGAGAGUGAUAUAUUUAAGUGUACUGGAUCUGAAUGGUUUGGUUGGGGGAUAUUUUUUGGGGGGACAAAUCACAUUUAUUGUUGAUGUGAGUUAGGGUAUCUGAUGAAAAAAAUGUCAAAAUAACUAACGUGAAACUUUAUUUUAGAAUAACUUGGUGUGCCUACCUGAAAACUUUUGUUUCAGACCCUUGGAUUUCAAAAGGUUCCACAGAACUAGUCUGCACUUAUCCAUGGUUUAUAGUUGCCCCACAGGGAGCUUUUAGUUAGAAGAAGUCUGCAUAAUGUUAAAAGUUCAUCCCUGUCUACAUUAUGCACUACAUAAUUGGAUUUCAUUAUGAUUUUGAAAUGCUUAUAUGCCUGUCAAAUAAGUUUAAACUAUUUAAUUUGUGUAGGAUGUUUUAGAUUGAGGUACAGUACAUACUCUAAAUUUAGGCAUGAGGGUUUCUAUUUUUUGGGUUUUCUUUUUUUUCUUUUGGUCAGCGCACUAUGGAACACAAGUGAAAUUCUCUUAAUUUAUAAGAUAGUAGGGAUUAAGUUUUUAAAAUGGUUGUGAUGAGCCAUGAAGUUCAAUCUUUAUAAACUAGGUACUGCUCUCUCAGAAAAAUAGUCCAUUUUUGAUGACUUAUUUUGUUGAAAUUGCUUUAACUGCUAAUCACUGUGGUUGCCAAAUACUUAUCUUCCAGAGCAAAGAUUUUCAAGCAAGCAUGCACUUGUUGCAAAAUACCAAUCUGACUUCUAUUUUUGUGAAUUAUUUAGUCUCGCUACUGUUUUAUUUUAUUGAAAUUAGCUCAGUUUUUACAUCAAAGCAGACUUUCUAUCCUGUGUUUUUUUUUUUUUUUAACUACAAGACUCAUGAACUGCUUUCAUGCUGAAAAUACUCAUUUCUCUGCUCAUUUCCUUACAUGAAGAAAGGUUUAUUGCUUUCUUGAACAUUUGUGUAAGACAGGAUAAAAAGUGUAAAAUUUCAGAUACUGGAUGAACUGUGGUCUUAACAGGUAAAGAUUUUGCUUGGUGUAUCCAAGGCAUUAUCUAUGGUUUAAUCUUGAAAUAAUCAAAGGAAUGUACUUCAGAAUAUUAGUACAUCUUAUAUAGAUGUGGAAAUGAUUUUAAGAAACAGGACAUAUUAAAAAUUUUUAUUUACAGUUUUUAAAUUGAUUAGAAUUUUUUCGCAGAUAUAUUUUUCUCCAAUCAUAAUUUUAAAUUUAAUCCGAUUCUACUAAAAUGUUGAAAAUGUCUAUUCCAGCUACUAGAAUUGGUUACAAAAUAAGAAAAAAUAAGAAUUCUGCUGCUUUCAGUAUUUCCUAAUUUCACAUUUGUAAAUAUAAAGAGAAAUUUCAAUUAUGAAAAAAUUUAAAAGAUAUAUAGAUAUAUGUACUAUUUUGUUUCCUGUAUUGAGGAUUUUGAGUUAUGGUAUUGUUUUUGGAUCGAUUGAUUUGCAUAUGCUGUGUUUUGAAAUGAAAUCCCAUUAACUUUUCCCAAUAUAAAACUUUUUUUUUAAUAUAAAAGUCUGAUAUUGGUUCGUGGCCUAGUGCCUUGGGUUUUACAAACUUUUCUUUCUAAAUGCAAGACCUAUUCAACAAAAUAGUGUUUGUCAUCAGUUUGGUACUAAACAUUUAUAAUUACUGUGUAAUUAUAAACAAAAAUACAUAAAGCUUUGAAUAUAAUUAUGUAGCAUAAAAGUAAAGUUUGUUCACUAUGAUGGCAUCUUAGAAUUAAACAGUACUAUUACUAGG